AUGGCUUCCUCUUACACCAAUUGCAUGCCAGGCCGCAAGCUCAAAGACUCUUGCGAUCCAUGUUCAGCAUCUAAAUUGAGAUGCAACAAACAGAAGCCCACUUGUGCUCGCUGCACCGCGCUAAGUCAGCACUGCUCCUACAGUCCAGCACGACGUGCAGGCCGACCACAUCGCGUACGGGAGAAGAGCCAGCAGCAAUGCCCAGAAAUAACAGUGGAAACAACCAUAACUCCUGUGGAGACUUCCGAUCAAAGUGUUGAUAUGAGCCUCGACACUGCAACAUUACUUGUCAUGCAAUCCGAAAGACAUAACCAGAUUAAUGAACAACAGCAACAACAACAACCGGCUGAAUCCUUGUCUCGCCAAGUUUCCGUUCCCAUCCAUGACACAAGGGAGGACUGUACUAGAGUUGCGAUAUCCAUACUGGAACAACUAGAUAUUGCGAGAAGGCAGCCAGGCCUUACUAACGUCAACUCAGCAACCACGGAUGCGUGCCAACGGCUACUGACCAUACUAGUCUGUCCAUGUUCCGAGAAGCCAGGUGUAGCGCUGCUCGUGGCUUGCGCAUGCAUUUCUCUCAUGGACACGGUUCACCACUGCCACGCAUCUCAAACCGCAACAAUUCCAGAUCUUUCGGCCAGCACCACAACCACACCUGGUACCGAGAAGGACAUAUCGAAUUGGCCAAGGGCUUCAUCUUCGCACAAUAGCCAAGGUAGUGUGGAACAGUUAGCAAAGAUUGCCAGACUCAUCUUGCAAUUCACAGAUAGAUAUGCUCAAGAACCAAAAGGUGGAAACGGUUGGGCGCAGACAACCUGGUUGGUUGCGCCGAUUGCAGCGUUACUUCGAUUUAGAUUACAAUCUGUCACGCAUCAGGCGGCGAGACGUUUGGUCUUCUGA